UCCGACCCCAGGCCCCACUGACACGCCCCCCCCCCCCACAAACAUGUCGCCCUGGAUCCAGUUCAAGGGGAUGGAGAAGCAGCGAGAGUCAUCGACUGUCCUUUCCCUCCACUUUCCCAGCACGCCUCUUAUCUAUGUCUUGCGCGUAACCCCUGGCCCUCUCUUCCUUCCUUGUGCCUGAAGGAUCCGUCCUGGCUGGAAAGCCCCCUGGCUUCUCAGCCUCCCUUUCCACCUGUGGGAAAAUACCCACUAUCUGGUCGCCACCUUUUUCCUUUCCCGAGUGCAGGUCCCACUGGCGGAAUCCAACCUCAAAACAGGAAGCCCUGGGCUGGUGCCCCCCACGGGCCUGAGGCCGAGAGACAGGCAAUGGGCGUGGGGCAAAGGCUUCCUGACUUUCCCGCUCCCCCCCGCCGCCUGGCCCAUGGCCCUGCCCAGAACUGAUGGCCUUCAUUAGUCCCUGGCACUUAUCUUGGAGCCACAGUCACCGACAGGACGUCCCCGGCCCUUGCCUCUGCCUGCUCUGAGCUCAGCGGCACCAUGGGGAACUGUCUGCAGCACCGGGUGGCGGAUGAGGACGCUACCAAGUUCACCUUGGGAGAAGAUAUUUGGGAUGAGUUUAAUGACUCCUAUGACAUAAACUACAACUACAGCAUUGUGGAAGCCGCCGCCCCCUGCCGCUCCUGCCCCCUGCUCGACGACUCCUCUCUGCCCUUCUUCGUCCUCGCCAGCGUCCUGGGCAUCCUUGCGGGGGGAGCCGUGCUCUUUGCGCUUCUCAGGCCUCUCUUCCACUGGCGGGUCUGCCCUGAGCGGCCGGUCCUCGUACAGCUGGCCGUGGGCAGCACCCUCUUCAGUAUCGUGGUGCCCAUCCUGGCCCCGGGGCUCAACGGGGUGCAGAGCACAGCCCUGUGCCGCCUGGCACACUUGCUCUGGUACGGCUCAGCCUUUGCCCAGGCUCUGCUGAUCGGGUGCCACGCCUGCCUGGGCCCCAAACUGGAUGUGGGCCACGUCGCGGGCAUCACCCUGUGGCUCACUGUGGGACUCUGGGGAGCGGCUCUUCUCCUGGGGCUGCCCGUCACGCUGGCCAGUGACACCUCCCGUGGACUCUGCUCCCUGAGCUUCAACAAGAGCCCCAGGUUUCUGCCGCUUUUGCACGUGGUGGCCAGCUUUACCGCCUUCACCUUGUUGCCACUGGGCUUGUUAGGUACCAAGGCGCUGACGAAAGCGUGGGGCAGGUGGCCAGGUCCCUGCGUUAGUGUCCUGUGGGUCUGGUUUGUUUUCUGGUGGCCUCACGGGGUGGCUCUGGGCUUGGACUUUCUUGUGAGGUCCAAGUCCUUGGUACUGUCGACGUGUCUGGCCCAGCAGGCUCUGGACCUGCUCCUGCACCUGGCAGAGGCCCUGGCGAUACUCCACGGUGUGGCCACGCCCCUGCUCCUGGCCCUGUUCUACCACCAGACCACCCGCACGCCCCUGCCCUCCCUGCCUCUCUCGGUAAGACGGCCUUCUCAUCUGGACCCCCCGGGAGGCAAGUCCCAGCUCCCUUCGCACCUGUCAACCUGAAUUAAAGUCUAUGCUACUUUUACCGA